GGGCCGCGGCUCCGCCCCGGCAGCGGCGGGCCAGCGCCUCUCCGCCGCGCCGGUGGAGACGGUGGAGGCUGGCAGCGGCGGCGGGGUCUUUCUUCGCCGCCAGCGGGAACCCAGUGCUGCCCCGCUGCGCCCGCCCGCUCCAUCGCACGCUGUUGUCAUGGAGGAGCCAAGAUGGCGGUCUUGGCCUACACCGGGAGCAAGCGGGAGAUCAACUAUUACUUCAGCGUGAGGAGCGCCAAGGCGCUGGCGCUGGGCGCUGUCCUGCUCCUCACAGCCUGCCACGCCGCCUCCCGCCGCUACCGAGGUGGUGAUACUUGUGAGUAUCUUCUGUCCAGCGGGAGAUUUCUUGGAGAAAAAGUAUGGCAACCCCACAGUUGUAUGAUGCAUAAGUAUAAAAAUAGUGAAGCAAAAAAUUGUCUGAUAGAUAAACAUAUCGUGUUUAUAGGAGAUUCUAGAAUUCGACAGCUCUUCUAUUCAUUUAUAAAACUCAUAAAUCCUCAAGUCAAAGAAGAAGGAAAUAAGCAUGGAAAUAUCCCAUUUGAAGAUAAGUCUGCUUCAAUUAAAGUGGAUUUCCUAUGGUACCCAGAAGUUAAUGGCUCUAUGAGGCAACGUAUCAAAACUUGGACUGAGGGUUCUGUGGCAAAACCUCAUAUAAUUGUAGCAGGAGCUGCCACGUGGUCUAUCAAGAUUCACAAUGGCAGCAAUGAAGCCCUCACACAGUACAAAAUCAAUAUCACUUCAAUUGCACCCCUUCUGGAAAAAUUAGCAAAAAGUAGUGAUGUUUACUGGGUCUUACAAGAUCCCGUUUAUGAAGAUAUGCUGAGUGAAAGUCGGAAAAUGAUCACUAAUGAGAAAAUAGAUGCUUAUAAUGAAGCAGCUGUUCAUAUUCUGAACAGCAGCUCCCGAAAUUCCAAAGCUAAAGUUAAAGUGUUCAGUGUAUCAAAACUGAUAGCACAAGAAACUAUCAUGAAGUCUGCCGAUGGCCUGCAUCUCCCUGAAUCAAGCAGAGAUACGAAUGCAAUGAUUCUUAUGAAUGUCUACUGCAAUAAGAUAACAAAACCUAUUGAUGGCUCCUGCUGCCAGCCUCAGCCUCCUCUCACUCUGAUACAGAAGUUAGCAUUCUGUUUCUUUACUUUGUCCAUGAUUGGAUAUUUAAUUAUCAACUUAAUUCAUCGGAGUAAUUAUCGGAAGAGCAAGUCCUGCACUGAUUUGGAAAGUGGAGAGGAGAAGAAACCUGCUGUCAGCACUCCUUAUGUUUCUACUUUAGAGAUGCUUUUACACUCCUUCUGCAAACUUGGUCUAAUCAUGAUAUAUUUUUAUCUAUGCGACCGAGCAAAUCUAUUCAUGAAGGAAAAUAAAUUUUAUACACAUUCAUCUUUCUUCAUCCCGAUCGUCUAUAUCUUGGUCUUGGGGGUAUUUUAUACAGAGAAUACCAAAGAGACUAAAGUGUUAAAUAGAGAGCAGACUGAUGAAUGGAAGGGCUGGAUGCAACUUGUUAUUUUGAUUUAUCAUAUCUCUGGAGCAAGCACUGUAAGUGACUGGAAUUUCAUACUUUUUUUUUUACCAGUGUAUAUGCACAUUCGUGUUCUGGUCGCUGCGUAUCUGUUCCAAACAGGUUAUGGGCACUUCUCAUAUUUUUGGAUAAAAGGAGACUUUGGUGUGUACAGAUUGUGUCAGGUUUUAUUUCGUCUCAAUUUCUUGGUUGUGGUACUGUGCAUAGUGAUGGACCGACCUUACCAGUUCUACUACUUUGUGCCAUUAGUCACUGUCUGGUUUAUGAUCAUUUAUGCCACCUUAGCUAUAUGGCCUCAGAUAGUUCAGAAGAAAGCAAAUGGGAACUGCUUAUGGCACUUUGGUUUGCUGCUGAAAUUCAUUUGCUUACUGACAUGUAUAUAUUUUCUGUCUUAUUCUCAGGAUGUGUUUGAGAAGAUAUUUUCCUUUUGGCCACUGUCCAAGUGCUUUGAACUGAAUGGGAAUGUCUAUGAAUGGUGGUUUAGGUGGAAGCUGGAUCGCUACGUGGUUUUUCAUGGAAUGCUGUUUGCUUUUAUUUAUCUGGCAUUGCAGAAACAUCAGAUGAUAUCGGAAGGAAAGGGAGAUCCUCUUUUCUCUGGGAGAGUUUCCAAUGUUUUAUUAUUUAUUUCAAUUGUAUCUUUUUUGACCUACUCUAUUUGGGCUAGCAGCUGUAAAAACAAGACCGAGUGCAAUGAACUACAUCCGUCUGUUUCUGUGGUGCAGAUUUUAGCUUUUGUCCUCAUCAGGAACAUUCCUGGGUAUGUCAGAUCUGUGUAUAGCUCCUUCUUUGCCUGGUUCGGCAAGAUCUCUCUAGAGCUUUUCAUUUGCCAAUACCAUAUUUGGCUGGCUGCAGACACAAAGGGGAUCUUGGUGCUCAUUCCUGGAUAUCCUAUGUUUAACGUUCUUGUCAGCACUUUCAUAUUUGUGUGUGUGGCACAUGAAAUUUCUCAGAUCACUAAUGACCUAGCACAGAUUGUGGUUCCUAAAGAUAACUCAACUCUGCUGAAAAGGCUGCUAUGCAUAGCUGGAUUUUUUUCUGGACUACUUCUCUUCUCAGCAUUGCAAGAUCAGUCAAGGCAUUAAGUUGAAAAGAUUCUUGGAAACUUUCUUCUGGUUUACUUUUGUGUCUGCCUGAAUGAAAAUUCUCAACUGGAGGUACAAGAGGACAUUUAAAUGAAGUGUGAAAAAUGUAUAUAGUACAAAUGCACAUAUUUUCUGUGGAAAUAGCCUUCUCAAUCUGAGAAACAAGAAUGCACUGUACAGAGUUGCAUGUGAAAAUGACAGUUUUCUACUGGAGAUAUGUUUCUGUUUACAUAUCUGUUUGAAAGUGACAGGAGGAAGUGAAGUUCAGUGGUUUCAAUAGCGUGUGCGCAGGGCGGCGUUCCCCCUCCGCGGGGCAGCGCCGGGACCUGACACCUGCCGCCAUCGCUCCCUCCAGGGGACAGCAGCGAGCACACCGCUGGUCCCGCGGGCGCGGCCGCCCUUAGCUGAUGAGAAACAUGAAGUUACUGGUAAACCAGGGCAUUUUUUUUCUGAACAAAAUCGGAACUUUUUUGUUGUUGUUGUUUAGAAAUGAGUAUUUUGGGUGGAGGUAGUUUGUUAUAUGAAACCCUUUAUUAGAGAAAGUAAGGUCAUCACCAGUUCAGUGACUUAAGCUUACAUACAAGUUUACGUAAUAUUUUGUGGUUUGUUUUUUUUAAUUUGUGUUCAGCAAAUGCAGCUAAUUCUGACAAUUUUUUAUGAAAAAAAAAAUUUUUUUCCUAAGAUUGUUUGCUUUUUCAUAUAUGUUCCACUAAUUCAUUCAGCUGUGUGCAGUUCUCUCUGCAAUCCCAGUGAGCAAACAGCUGAAUAAUUUUCAGAGACUCUGUUCAAGAUGGAGAUUUUUCCAGCCUUUUCCAGUCAGAUGAAAUCCCAUCAUCUCCACUCCAUCAGAGCUUCAGGAAACAGGAGGGUGGCAGAGUGGCCAUCUUCAAACCUCUCUCGCAGUGUGUAGGUGACCUUGAAGUAGGUCUCAUUAGGGAACCAGUGCCAUAUUCUGUAAUUAUAUUUUCAUUUAAAAGGAUGUGAGCUGAGGACACAAGUCACUCUUGAUAUCAUGGGGAAGAGGGAUUGAGUUGCAUGCAGAUGGUCGAGUCUCAGAAUUACAAAUUAAAGGAAGUAGGAGCUGUUUGUAGGAACCUUUUUUCCCUUUUUUUGCAAUACCCAUCUUAUUAACUCUUUCCUUUAGCAUAAAAAGUAAAAUUGAAAGAACCAGCCCUUCACUGUGGCAGUGACAAGCUGGAAUUUACCUUCCUCAUACUCACUUCUUUCCUGUUUGUGGUUUUGCUUCAAGUGAUAGUUUGACCUCCAGUUGCUUUCUUACCUUGUUCUUCUGCUGAUUACUUGUUAGCAGUCAGAAACAUGAGCACAAUAUUAUUUUCUGAGCAUAUGUGCAAUUACAUAUGACUAUAAACAAUAUGAAUCCUAACUUGUACUGUAUAUACUGUCACAUGCAUGGUUUUGAUCUUAUUUAUCCCAGUUAAGAAACUGAAUUCAAACUUGCAGACACAACUGAGUGCAAAAACAGUUAAAAGAAUGGCAUCGUGUUUUUUCAGUUUUGGUGAAGAGUUUCUCUUAAAGAAUGACCAGUCACUCAUCCUAAGAAAAGACAAAAAUAAACCAUUCACUUCCCCCCCAACCCAGCAGUUUUACUGUCAGCUCUGUUGAAGCUAUUGGAAAGACUCUCAGCUAUUUGUUCCUUCUUUGCAUUCCUUCGAAUGUUUGGAAAGUUAACCUCCUUCAUCCGUGCUUUGGAAUGGCUGAAAGAAACAGUGUGGGUGAACACUGUAGUGGGGGACGGGUUGCAUAACCUUCCUUUAUGCCAGUAUUAGGAGCAACGGGGAACUGUGAGUUUGAGGGAUGAUGUUUGUUUUGUUCUUCACAACUUCAGUAUUGUAGAUAUAAUUUUAUUUAUCUGUUGUACAGAUUUGGUUAAAAGAUUUAUUUUUAACGUUUGAAAUAAUGCAAUUGUUUACUAUUACUGUAUGUGGGAUAAAUAUAUUUUCAGGUUACGUAAAAAUAUGAAGUAAUUUAAACAUUAAAUAAAUGUGCUGUGGAUGCUUA